AAACAACAACAAGAACAGUACGAAAAUGCAGUUCCGAAAUACACUUCGAGACCCACAGUUCAAAAGGAAAAAUUUGAUGACAGUAAAUUUUAUCACUUUGUUUUAUUUGACAUCGAGACAAAUUCAACGGGAAAAUCAGCAGAAGUAUGUCAGCUCGCUGCCGUGGAUAGGUCAGGUAAACAAUUCUCAUGCUAUAUUCUACCAACCAGAGACAUAGAUUCUCACGCGUCAAAGGUCAACAAACUUACAGUUAAAACUGUCAAUGGAAUCCGCCGACUUUUCAAAGAUAAUCGACUAGUAGAAGCCUUUGAGUUAUCGCAAGUACUUAGGCAGUUCUUAACUUUUUUGAGGGCCAGCAUAGAUUCAGCUUCAACACGAUCCACAAAGCCUGUUUGCACAAUCUUGGCUGGACACAACGCCGCCACAUUUGAUAUUCCAAUACUUCUUCGAAACGGUGGCGAAAAUUUUAUCGCGGAGCUCAGUUCCAUCAGUUCCAUCCGGUUUGCAGACACUCUGACACUGAUGAAAUCACUCAUCAAAAGCAAGCACUCUUCCAUCCCAAACGCAGAAGGUAAAUUUCCAAAGCCUGGGUAGAGUUCUGUUUACGAACAUUUAUUUCAA